AUGCAUCUCUUACGCGAAGGACAAUUCGGCGUAGCUUCAACAUUCUUCGAAGAAACACAAAAUUUCCAGGAGAGUGGCUCGAGUCCGGAAACAAAUGGGGAUUUGUUCACAUCACAGAGGGACGAGAUCUUCGCAUCAGAUGGAGAUGUUUUGGGCGAUUUCGCUGCCGAAGAGUCACAAGGACUACAAGGGCAAUUCGAGACCAUGUAUAAUAUUUUACACCAACUCAAACAACGAAACCUUCGUCCAGCAAUAGAGUGGGCACAAAAAAACAGCAAAGAGCUAGAAGGUCGAGGUAGUAAUCUCGAAUUCGAACUUAACAAACUCCAAUUCGUUUGGUUAUUUCUAGGGCCAAACGUAAAUGGCCUUCCAGAUGACGAAAACAACGGUCUACCAGGUGCACUUCGCUACGCGCGCAUUUACUUUCCUCAAUUCCAAAGCCGUUUUCUCCGCGAAAUCCAACAGCUCAUUACUGCCAUGGUCUUCGAAUCUAAUCUACAAAACUCACCCUAUCAACAAACCUUCAAUACCUCCACCUCAUGGUCAGACGUCUGCAACUCUUUCACACGCGAAUUCUGUUCGCUUCUCGGCCUCUCCGCUGAAUCCCCGCUUUAUCUCGCUGCCACAGCCGGUGCCAUAGCACUUCCCACCCUCAUAAAACUCGCUUCCAUUGUGAAGGAAAAACGCACGGAAUGGACGACAGCAACAGAACUUCCGGUAGAGAUCGCAUUGCCCAGAAGUAUGAUGUUCCAUCCGAUUUUUGUAUGUCCGGUGAGCAAAGAACAGACGAGUGAAAUGAAUCCGCCCAUGAUGAUGCCAUGUGGUCAUGUAGUUGCGAAGGAAAGUCUGCAUAGGUUGAGUAAGGGCGGGAGGUUUAAAUGUCCGUAUUGCCCGAAUGAGAGUCAACCAAAGGAUGCGAGGCAGAUUUAUUUUUAG